UGUGUUACCUGAUGUUUCUUCAGAUUCAGCUGGAUGUGAGUAGGUGUCUUUGGUCCUUUGGUGUUCACCACUGGGAGAGCAGUGCAUACCUACGCAGGGGGCGACAACUAGUCAUCGUGCAAAUCGGUUGGAACGGACCUGGCAACGGAAAAACUCAGUCCAGGUCCAGUGAUCCAGUCAGUCCGCAUCCAGCGAUCCAGUCCCGAAUUUGGGUGUCAGCCAUUAGCUCUCGGUCUAUGUGUCUGUUUGUCGCUGUCUGUAUGUCUAUUGCCCAGCCAUCGUUGAUUUGGAAACUCUGGGAAUAUUGCGUCGCUAAUGGAGUACCCGGAGUUGUUCUUACUCUCUUAUAGACUCCAGCAGGUGUUUUGAGGGCUCGCCGUUUCCCGCAGAACUGCACUCUUGUACGGGAUGUGUGAUGGCUGCGCUUCAGUGAGCCCGGAGCACGUUGACUGCUCUGCCGCUUGCAGCCCCUUCUCCGCGGGCUCGUUCUAAACGAAUUCACUGGGAUUACCGGGACGCAUGGAGUGUGCGUGAAUAUUGGCGGAAUCGGAAAUAUAUACGGGAGCGCUGGAGCCCUUCCCAACUGACAUUAAGUCCAACCUGGACGAGGCGCCAGUCCACCAUAGGUCAUCCCCAGACAGAGAAGACACCAACCUAAUCCAGAGACAAUAUACAGAAAGAAAUGUGGCGAGAAAGGUGGCGGUGCAGGGUCCAGCCCUGAGGAGGCGCCCUGCAGCUGGGAGGCACGCAGCCCCCCUGCGGCCCCCCCUGCGGCGCUCCGGGACGCCCCUACUAAGAUGUCCCUCAGCAGUGGCCCUGCAGGCGGCAAAGGUGUGGACUCGAACGCGGUGGACACGUACGACAGCGGCGAUGAGUGGGAUAUUGGUGUUGGCAAUUUAAUCAUUGACCUGGACGCUGACUUGGAAAAGGAUAAACUAGAGAUGUCAAGCAGUAAAGAGGGAGGGGGCAUGGGUGCCCCUCCCAGCGCAGUGGCUACUCUACCUGAGAAUAUAAAGUUUGUUAGCCCCUUAGCUGCAUCACAGGGCAAAGAGAGCAAAUCCAAAUCUAAACGAAAUAAGAACUCUAAAGAGAGCAUCAAGGCCCCUGUAAGUGAAAGCUCCAAGAAAGAGAUUCAGGGGCGCACCUCUGGUGAUCCCCCACCCCAGAUCCCCAACACACCUGCAAAGGGAACAGACAAGUCAAGUAAACUCCAGAGGAACCCCCACACUGUGAAAAAGGAAAAGGACAGUUUAUCUGCCAAAACUAAGAAGGAAAAAUUGGAGGUGGUGGUCAACACUGAGGAGUCUGGGGGCCCUGUUUUGCCCCUAGCAGGCCUUCGCAGUGGUCAAUGCGAGGGCCAGCAGAACCCUGAGUUGGUUGCAGUCGAGCAGCUUGGGAAUAUUGAACUGGACGCCGCAGGAAUGAGCCAACUUGUCACCAUGACAUCGGAUCAGGAUGAAGUGGACAAUGGCGAAUGCAGAAAUCUGAAAAAGGUGCUCAUUGGUGAGGCGAUUGAGUCUCCAGUCUCGACCCCUGCCCCACCUCCCCUACACCUCCUUGCUCCUGUCGUCAACGACAUCUCAUCUUCUUGUGAACAAAUCAUGGUCCGCACACGCUCAGUAGCUGUGAAUACAGCAGAUGCAGCACUGGCCACUGAACCGGAGUGUCUCGGACCCUGUGAGCCCGGAACCAGUGUAAAUCUGGAGGGCAUUGUGUGGCAGGAGACAGAAGAUGGUAUGCUUGUGGUGAAUGUCACAUGGAGAAACAAGACGUAUGUCGGAACAUUACUGGACUGUACCCGGCAUGACUGGGCCCCUCCCAGGUUCUGUGAUUCGCCCACUAGUGAUGUGGAGAUGCGUGGUCGCGGUCGGGGGAAGAGGAUGCGCCCCGGCACGAGUGCACCCAUGAAUGACAACAGCAACUCUUCCGACAACAAAGGCAGCAACAGUAAGACUCGUGGCGCUGCUGCCAACAGUAAAGGCCGCCGUGGGAGUCAGACCACAAGCAGCGUGGACGAUGCAAAGGCCAGCCCAUCUUCUGCCAAGAGGAAGACCAAGCCUGCGUCUGACAUGGAGCCCACCUCGAGCUCUGAGGACACCAAGGCUUCCAAGCGAAUGAGAACAAACUCUACCGGUGUAGCUGCCUCGCUGUCUGGCGUUAAAGUUGAGCCCCUACCGCCGCAACCUCUCGACCGGACUUGUCCAUCCCCAAUCCUUAUUGACUGCCCACACCCAAACUGCAACAAGAAGUAUAAGCACAUCAAUGGGCUGAAAUACCACCAAGCACGAGCCCACAAUGACCAGGAUGUGAGAUUGGAUCAGGAUGGAGACAGCGAGUAUGGGGACGAUCCAACCCUCCACCCAGAUCCUUCGUCUUGCAAUGGCUCCACUGCAUCCCCUGCCCGCUCCACGACUCCGAAAGGGCGGGGAUUUGAUGCUCCAUCACCAUCCCCCUCAGGAAAGAUGCCAUCCAAACAGUCCAGGAAGAAGGCUGGAGAAGCGGAGGCAGAAGUGACAGACGGUGGAGAGGAAGGGGUUUGUUUAACUGAUGACGCCAGUAAUGAUGGCAUGGAUGAAAGGAAAGCUAAGAAAGCAGCAGGAGGCAAGUCUGAUAAACUCUCGCAAAAAGGCGGAAAGCCUGCUCGUCCACAUCCUUCUUCUGGGUCACCUUCACCUUAUGGUCUGCAGGCGUCUUCACCUGCUCUCGGUUCAGUGGUGCAGUCCGUCCCUAAGAGCCCCCAGCUCAAAAGCAUGCAGCCCAAACCCCCUCUGCUGAACGACCCCGCCUCCAGCCCUGCCCACAACAAGGACAAGAAGAAAAAGGACAAGAAGAAGAGGGAGGGUGGGAAGGAGGGAGACAGUCCUAAAGCAAUGAGCAAAGGUGGUCGACAGGAGGAAAGUCCCUAUUCUGACGCGGAAGCCUUGCUCAACGGCUCGUCAGAGACACACCAGAGUCGCCUGGCCAGCAUCAAAGCUGAGGCAGACAAGGUGUACAGUUUCUCGGACAAUGCCCCAAGCCCUUCUAUAGGCGUGUGCAGCAGGAUGGAGGCAGGCAUGACCCCCUCCCACCACCUCAACCAGAACGGGGCGGACAGUGCCUCGGUAAAGACUGGCAGCCCUGCAUACUCUGACAUCUCUGACGCCGGGGAGGACGGAGAGGGGAAGGUGGAGGGGAUUAAGGUGAAGACCGAACCCGAUCAGGGAGCUCGUGAAAUUGCCAAAAAGGCGCUGUUCCCGCCUCAGACCUCAAGUAAAGAAUCACCUUUUUACCCUGCUUAUGACUCUUAUUACUCCCCUAACUACCCCAACCCCAGCCCAAGCGCCACACAUUCAGCGCCCCACAUGGAGGGUUCUCAGGUAAAGGUAAACAAGGAGGAGGAGCCAGAGGUGGGGGAGGAGGUCAAAGUUAAAGCAGAGCCUCAGGAGGAGAGAAAGCUGGAGCCGCCGCAGCCGUCCGUCAUCCAGCAGCGCUCCAGCAUGUACUCUCAGCCGCUCUACUACAACCAGUACUACGUCCCACCGUACGCUUACUCCUCGGACCCGGCCUACCACGCCCAUCUACUGGCCUCUAACCCGGCCUACCGCCAGCAGUAUGAGGAACGUCAAAGACAGGUGGAAAAGAAAGCCGAAGGAAAAGAUAGGGAGUCAUCUGUGAAGGAGGAGUGGAAGCAGAAAGCCUCUGUGCCCCCCACCCUAUCCCGAGCACCCAGCCUCACCGAUCUAGCCUCAAAGGGGGGACUCAACCCAAACAAACCCAAAGAACUUCCGCCAUCCUCAGAGCAGGCCAAGUCAGUGAUCAUGGUGAAGGGAGAGGAGUCCAAAGGUGGACCCCCACCCGAGGGUCUGAAAAUGAAGCUCAGUGAGUCGGGGCAUCAUGUGAAGGAGGAGCUCAAGCCAGGGCUGGAGUCAGGCCGCCCAUCAGGUGUUGAACCAGCCAUGUGGUACAGACAGGAGCCGGACGCACGCCUGUGGCCUUACAUGUAUCCCAACAAGUACUCCGAGGCAUCAAAGCCCCAGGACGAGGAGCGGUGGAAGGAUGAAAGGGAACGGGACCGAGACCGAAAAGUGAAAGAGGAAAGACCAAGGCAAAAGGAUGGUAUUCACAAGGAGGAGGCCAAGGAGGCAGCGGAGGGUCGGACACAGCUACCUCCUGAGGAGCACAGAGGCGGGACAAAGGAGGUUCGCCCUCCUCACAUGCAGUUUUCCUCCCCUCUGGCGCAGCACCAGGGCUACAUGCCUUACAUGCAUGGACCUUACGCUUACAGUCAGGGCUAUGAGCCCGGGCAUCCUGGCUAUCGAGGCGUGCCCUCAGUCAUGAUGCAGAACUACCCUGGUGCAUACUUGCCAGCUGGUUACUCAUUUUCAGGGUAUGGAGGAAAGGUGGCGGCUGGGGACGAAGGGGAAAAGGCGUCGCGUUCCAGCCCCACCAUGAAGCCCCAGAGUGAGGCCAAAGCUCUGGAGCUGCUACAGCAGCAUGCCAGUCAGUACAAAAGCAAGUCUCCUUCUGUCCAAGACAAGACGCCACACGAGCGAGAGCGGGACAGAGAAAGGGACAGGGAAAGAGACGGGGACCGGCCUCGGUCCUCGCCGUCGCAACGCGUCAUGCCAUCACAUCAUCAUCUGGGAUACCCGCUACUGUCGGGACAGUACGACCUUUCCUAUACCUCAGGUCUGUCGUCCUCAGCCAUCGUUGCCAGUCAGCAGGCAUCUGGUCCGCCCAUGUUCCCUCCUGCUCGGAGGUGAGAACGACACACUUGAUUGGCUGCUGCUGUCUAAAAAUCAUGUGACUGGAUCACAUGACAGUGAGACUGUCAACAUCUUUACGGUGUCUGUGCGACCCUGGUUGGAUGUCUCACCAUGCCAGGGCCCACCCGGCUGGUCCUCCUGGUCCAGUGGAUCUGCUCUGUCCCGAUCGGUCGACACACAGCCUGCAGCGCUGGGGCGGGCAGCAGACUAUACAGGAUCCGUGUGGUUAUGAUCAUUUUCCGAGGCGGCAGGUCGGACAGCUGGGUCAUGUUGAUGUCAGGAAGUCCAGAUUUUGAAUCCUCACAUUUCGACUUUUGAGCCUAGACUCACUCUACAGUGACCUCAGCACCUCUGGACGUGGUCACUCCUAAUCUGGAAUUCUAAACACUGUGGAUGUCGGAGGAUCCCGAGUGUAGCUGUGUACUAUGUACGUCUGUGUUUGAGCAUUUGUGUGUGUGUGUGUGUGUGUAUGUGCGCGCAUGUGUGUGCGUGUAAAUACUGUACAGAGGAAUUAUUUUAAAGAGCCUGUUGAUGAUUUCUACUCUUCUUUCGUCUGGUCGCCUCUGUUUUUCUACUGUUGUUGAUCUGAUAUUAAACCUGUAGCUGGUGGAACGGCAUCCAACUCGUCUUCUGAUUGUUGUCCAACACCACACUACUCCUGUGUCACAUGAGCCUUUUUUUCACCAGAGCUGCGGCUCUGGAUCCGAUCAGACAUUUCCUGAAGUAUUCUCCGUUUUCGUCAUUAAGCCUGAUGCAAAAUGAGUUGGUCCCUUAUGACGAUGCUUUGAAAAGCAAGUGGCAGGUUUUUUCCGUCAUGUACCG